AUCGAAGCAGAAACGAGCCAAGUGUCCUGCAGCUACAAUCAGGCAGCCAGUUGAACAAUCCUAAGGAAGAGAUGGCAUUUAAAUACGUGGCUCUGUUUGCUCUGGUUGCUGUGGCCAGCGCCCAGCACUACCAACAGUACCAACAGCCACAAUACCAUCACCAGCCGGAAUAUCAGCAUUAUCAGCCGCAGCAGGUGGUGUACAAGCAACCGGCAUUGGUAAAAACCGUGCAGCCUGCUCUUAUCAAGACGGUUCAGCCUGCCCUGGUCAAAGCCGUCAAGCAUGUGGAGUAUCCUGAUGCACCCGCCGAGUACCAGUUUGCCUACGAUGUCCAUGACGAUCACACCGGAGAUGUUAAAAGCCAGCAGGAAGAGCGUCACGGAGAUGUCGUUAAGGGACAGUACACUCUGAUCGAUGCUGAUGGCUACCGUCGUAUCGUUGACUACACUGCUGAUGACCACAACGGAUUCAACGCCGUCGUCCGCCGUGAGCCGAUCGAGGGCCACAAGAUCAUCAAGGCUGUUGCUCCAGUCGCUAAACUGAUUGCUCCUGUUGCUCCGAUCGCUAAGGUCUACGCUCCUGCUCCAACCGUUACCAAGGUGCUGGCGCCCCAGCCUAUCCACUAUCACCAGCCUGCCCAGCACUACUACCAGGCACCGGCUCCUGCUAAGGUGUACGCUCCGGUAGCCAAGAUCGCUCUCCCGACUGUCACUAAGGUUGCUCUUCCUGUAGCAAAGGUAGCCGUGCCAGUCGCUAAGGUUCCAGUGGCCUACGCCCAGCAUCACGAUGCUAUUAACCACGUUCAGUUCAACGGACCUUCGACCAACUACAACUACUAA